AUGGGCACAUGGCCGCCGCGCCACCUAUUGGUGUGGGAUCCCGUCGCCCGCGAGCAGUGCCGCCUCAUCUUCCCACCAGAGCUGGACGUUGACCAGAUGUUCAUCUUCAACGGGGCGGUGCUUCGCCCUGCCCGCAGUCACGGCCAUUUCCAGGUGGCCCUGGUAGCCCAUUACGUACGUGCUGAUAAUCCUAAAAGAGUUUUCGCAUGCCUUUACUCAUCAGAGAACGGCACAUGGAGCAAUAUCAAGUCACUGCAGCUGCAAUCGUUUAUAGCCUCGCCAGAACCCAGCACUUUGAUUGGGAAUUCCAUUUGCUGGUUAAUUAAGGAGGGGCAUCAUCACAAUCGCCGGUAUGUCAUAGUUGAGUUUGAUUUGGAUAGGCAGAGCCUAGCUGUGAUAGAGCUGCCACCGCACAUAGAAGCCGGCAUUUCAAAGCUAAGGAUUAUGCCCACAGAGGAUGGUGGGCUUGGCUUCAUUGAUCUCUCAGGAUUCCACGCCGAGAUAUGGAAGAGAAAGCCUGAUUCUGAUGGUUUGGCUGUAUGGGUGCUCGACAGAGCUAUUGAAUUCAAGGAGCUCAGUUCAACUUGGAAGGGGUACCUAUUUUUAGUGGGGUUUGCCGAGGAGAGUAAUGCACUACUUUUAAAGAUAGGUUCCGCUUUGUUCAUGGUCUAUCUCCAGUCAAUGGAGUUUAAGAAACUUCCCAAUAUGACCGGCUUCCAUAGCUAUUAUCCAUUUGAGUUUUGCUACGCGGCAGGUACUGGCAUUGGUGAUGGGAUGGUGGAGAUGAAGUGA